AUGAGGAUUCGCACGUCCAACUCGUCGGAUGGCUUUGACCCGGAUCAGCUGUCCAUCAUGAGAUUCCGGAGAGCCGCGCGCUGGAUACUUUGCCGCUGGUCGCCCUGCAUACGCAUUACCACUUCCCCGAGUUGCGCAUCCAGGUGGUUUACGGCAGCAGCAAUAAGGACUUCGUGCAUGAGCAGCCGACCUUGA